GAGCUGUCGCUGUCAGACGGAAUCGCGAUUUACUUUCUGAACUUUGUCGGACUCCGUAGUGUAGCCGUGUUGACAAAAUUAUGGCGUCCUCAAUGUCACUUCUUGGGUUAGGACGUCUCUUUCUGCUGAAUUCAGGCACAAAAAUAUUUCUGAAUAACUCCAGAUUAACAAGCACCUCGGCAUGGAGGCUUGCAGAGAAACAGGGACAAGACACGCAGCUCAUCACUGUGGAUGAGAAACUGGACAUCACAACCUUGACAGGGGCUCCGGAGGAGCACAUCAAGAAUCGCACGGUUCGCAUUUUCGUGCCGACACGUACCGCCAUGCAGUCAGGCAUCAACAGCACCAGGAAGUGGAGGCUGGACUUCGACACCAGGGAACGAUGGGAGAAUCCACUCAUGGGAUGGGGCUCCACAGCUGAUCCGUUAUCCAACAUGGUGCUUAACUUCAGCUCCAAGGAAGACGCAAUCGCCUUCGCAGAGAAAAACGGUUGGAGCUAUGAUUUAACAGACAAGAGGACAUCGAAGCCCAGGGUGAAGUCAUAUGGAGCCAACUUCUCCUGGAACAAGAGGACGAGGAGGUCCGCUAAGUAAACCGAUGACACCCAUCUGCUAGUCUUGGUUCAUCGCAUUGCUCAGUGACAAUUCUGUAUCAUAACAUUCUGAAUUCUGAAAGUAAAUAAAUAAUUACAUGUUAACUAUGAA